AUGGUACUGAACCCUGUCAUUUCCAAGCUUUCUGGUAAACUGGUUGUUCUGGCCAGUGCUUCUCCUAGGAGACUGGAGAUUCUCAACAAUGCGGGCUUACGGCUCCAGGUGGUUCCAUCCUGGUUCAAGGAAACUCUUGACAAGGGGCUUUUCAAAGCCCCUCAUGAGUAUGCUGUGGAGACAGCCAGACAGAAAGCCCUGGAGGUGGCCCGCAGGAUGCCCUUUAAACACCUGAAGACUCCAGACAUCGUAAUCGGAGCGGACACUAUUGUGACUGUAGAUGGCAUGAUUCUGGAGAAACCUGUGGACAAAGAUGAUGCUUACAGAAUGCUUUCGAGCUUGAGUGGUAAAGAGCACAGUGUCGUCACCGGUGUAGCGAUUGUCCUCUGCCAUGAGAAAGAAAACGAAGAAGUGGACUACCAGUUGAUUGAUUUCUACGAAGAAACAAAAGUGAAGUUUGCUGAUCUUUCGGAAAAUAUGCUGUGGGAGUACAUCAAUAGCGGUGAACCCAUGGACAAGGCUGGAGGCUACGGUAUUCAGGCUCUCGGUGGAAUGCUUGUAGAGUACGUUCAUGGAGACUUCCUCAAUGUUGUGGGUUUCCCCCUCAACCACUUCUGCAAGCAGUUGGACCUUAUUUACAACUCCUCUACUUCCUCCUCGGACCAAGAAAGUUCAACCGUCUGGCUGAGCCACAACGGCAAUCACGCUACCUCCAAUCUCACUCAGCCUUCAUCUGCCAACCAUACACACCACAUCCAGAGCAGCCCGUCAGCCAGUCCUGUGCAUAAGGUGAAGAGGAAAAGCAGUGAAACUGAAUUGAAUGAGAGUUCUAUGACGUUGGUCAACAGCCUGUCCAAACAUACCGGUGACAAAGAUUCUGCGAAUACAAAACUACCACCGAUGACCAGCAGAGGGCAGGUAAAGGAGCCUGAGGACGGUGAACCAAAAAAAGAAGACUUGCAGCGAAUCUGUGAUUUAUUGGAUGGAUUUAGAGCCUCAAAGGCACUGUUUACGGCAUCCAAGAUGUGUGUGUUUGACGUGCUGCACAGCAGGCCGGGGGGGCUGGAAGCAGCACAGGUGGCCCAGGAGAUCAAAGCCUCCCUGAAGGGCACUGAAUGCCUGCUGGAGGCCUGUGUGUCUCUGGGUCUGCUGAGGAGCAAAGAGAGAAUGUACGAGAACACGGAUCUGUCCACUCGCUUUUUGCUGUCGGAUGCUCCUUUUUCGCUGCGGAGCCAAAUUCUGCAUUGUAACGACACAGUGUGGCCUAUUUUCUCCCACCUUGAGAGUGGCGUACUGGAAGGAGUCAGCCAGCGUGACAAGGCUUUAAGCCAGACAUCCAAGGACCAGGACACUCUCCACAGCAGCCAAGACAGCAAACUGAGAUUCAUGAAUGCCAUGCACAACAUUGCUAAGGUUACAGGGAAAGCUAUAGCAACAGCCUUUGACCUCUCAAGUUUUAGAACUGCCUGCGACCUUGGAGGAUGCACUGGGGCCAUGGCCGACGAGUUCACUAAAGCCCAUCCUGGAUUGUCUGUGACAGUUUUUGACUUGCCAACAGUUGUUCAGCUGAGGGAACAUUUCCAACCUCUGCACACAGACAACAGGGUGUCAUUUGUAGCAGGAGACUUCUUUAAAGAUGAUUUGCCGAAAGCAGACUUGUACAUCCUGGCAAGAAUUCUCCACGACUGCUCCGAUGAGAAAUUGGAUAUUCUGCUGAGCAAAAUCGCGGAUGCAUGCACACCAGGCUGCGGGCUCCUGCUGAGUGAGAUCUUCCUGGAUGAAGACAGAAAGGGCCCUAGUCGUGGGCUGCUCCAGGCCCUCGGCAUGGGCGAGGGGAAACAGAGGAGCGCCACCGAAUACAGUCUGCUUUUGAAGAGCCACGGCUUCAUAACGGCACAUGUCAGACAUACAGGAAACCUCCUGGAUGCUAUGCUCUGCAUCAAAGCGUGACGGACCAAAUAUCAGUUAAUUAUUUAGGUAUUGGACCAUAACAGAGAUAUCUUUUAUAAAUCAUUAAAUCAUUUUCUUGUGCUCUAAGGUCCGUAAAUUGUUUUUUUGUUGGACCUUAGGGACAGAUAACCAGUACUCAGACUCUCUGUAAACUCUGAUUUGGGGACAUGCAAAUUGUUCACUCUAUGUACUUCCUUGAUGAUUUUAUGGGAUUCAAAUUUAGCAUUUGAAUAAUGCACACUAAUGAUCAUGUUUUUCAUUGAUUUGAUAUUGACAGAAGGCCUUUGUUUAGUUUUUCAGAAAUGAUAAGAGCCUUUACUUUUGUAAAGGUAGGAGUACAAUAGAUAAUACAAAGCAUUAUCAGGAAAAUGUAACUAAUCACCAAAAUGAAAAGUUCAUAAUACAAGAUAGCCACUUUCAGAUUGUUUAAAUGAUUAAAUAUACAAGUACUUAUUCAUUAGGGUUUAAUUUGAAUAAUUGUAUAUAAUGAAGGGUAGUUCAUUUAUUAUUUAUGUUGAUAAAAAAUGUGUAUUAUCUUUUUAUUGUUGCUUGUACUUUUUACAGCUAAACAUAAAAGUAUCUUUCUGUGAA